ACACUCCCAUAGUAAAAAGAAUCAAAGCUAUACUAUACUAUACUUAUACUAACCCCCAAAAUCUAAAACCCUAACUCUCAACACAAUGGCAACAUCACUUCGCACCAAGCUCAAAUUCACCACAACCACUCUCCACCACCGCCGUUACUCAGCCGCAUCCAUCCUAAACCCCGAUUCACGCGCCGCCCUCUCCUCCAAAGAAAAGUCACGCGCCGCCUUAACCCUCCUCAAAUCCGAAUCCGACCCGACCCGAAUCCUCCAAAUCUGCAAAGCCGCUUCCUUAACCCCAGAAUCACACCUCGACCGCAUCGCUUACUCCAAAGCAAUCAACAAACUCAAAUCCCUGAACCAAACCCCCAAAAUCCGCUCUUUCCUCCAAGAAUCCGCGACCCGACCCGACUUGAAAUCGGAGCGGGCCGUGGCCCACUUCAUCGUUCUGUACGGACAGGCAGGUAUGGUUGAUGAGGCUGUAAAGACAUUUGAGGAAAUGGAGGGCAUUCCAAGAACUGAGAAAACGUUGAAUUCUUUGCUGUUUGCUUGUGUUUUGGGUAAAGAUUAUGCUAAAAUGAAAAGGGUAUUCGUCGAAUUCCCGAAAAGAUACGAUCUUGUACCGAAUUUGGACACGUAUAAUACGGUGAUCAAAGGGUUUUGUGAGUCGGGUUCAUCGAGUUCGGUUUAUUCGAUAUUGGAUGAGAUGAGGAGGGAGAAUGUUAAGCCGAAUGCGGAGACGUUUGGGAAUUGUAUAACGGGGUUUUAUAAAGAGGGGAAGUAUGAAGAUGUUGGGAAAAUGUUGGUAAUGAUGAAUGAAUAUAAUAUGGCACCGGGUAUUAGUACGUAUAAUAUAAGGAUUCAGAGUUUGUGUAAGCUUAAGAAGUCGGGUGAGGCUAAAGCGUUGCUUGAUGGGAUUUUAUCGAGAGGUUUAAAGGCGAAUCGUGUGACGUAUGGUCAUUUGAUACUUGGUUUUUGUAGGGAAGGUAAUUUGGAAGAGGCCAAGAGUAUGUUUCGAAAGAUGGUUAAUAGCGGAUUGAAACCUGAUGCGGAAUGUUAUUUUACGAUGGUGUAUUAUUUGUGUCAAGGUCGGGAUUUUGAGGCUGCGUUGAAGAUUUAUAAAAGAUGUUUGGAUGAUGGAUGGGUUCCGAAUUUCUCGACCAUGAAGUCUCUUGUUGAGGGUUUGGCGAGUAUUGAAAAGGUUGAUGAAGCACGGGAAGUUAUAGCUCAAGUGAAGGAGAAGAUUUCAAGGAACGUUGAGAAGUGGAAUGAGAUCGAAGAGGCAUUGCCGAAAGAUGUUUCUGGUUGAGCGUGCCAUGGUCUUAAUAAAGUGGAAGUUCAAAAUUCCGAGGGAAAUUUGGUUUUGUCUUAGUGUUGUAGAAAUGUCUUCAGAACCGUUGUGAUUUUGCUCAUUCAAAUGGGUAAAAGUGAUUUUGCAGAAUUUUAUGCUAAGGAUUUCUUGUUAUACUCAAGGGGCACUAUAAAUAUCUGCUUAAUUAUCAUUGCACGUACUAAUUGCAUCUUAUUUACCGUCCCCACUUGUAUA